GCCCUGCCGCCCGCCCCUCGCCGUGAGGAGGAGGUGGAGGAGGAGGCGGCUCGGGGAGAUCGAGCAGCUAGCUGGAGCGCGGAGCGUGAGUGAGGGAGCAGAGCAGCCUGCCCGCCCGCCGCCGCCUCCCCUCCGUAAGCAGGAGCCCGGGCCGGGGCCCGGCACGCAACCCCAGCCCCUCCCUCGUCGUCAGGCCGCGAGGGCAGCGCGCGCGAGCCAGGGGGAGGGAAAGCGAGCGAGCGCCGGGAGGAGGCGGCCGGACCGAGCGAGCGCCCGCGCGUGUGGCGUGAGGGGAAGCCGCUGCCCGCCCCCUUCGCCUUCCCUUCUCUCCCCCUCCCCGCUCCCCCCCCGACCGCGGAGAGCACCAUGUCGGCGCCGGCGGCCAAAGUCAGUAAAAAGGAGCUCAACUCCAACCACGACGGGGCCGACGAGACCUCAGUGUGCUCCAAAGUCGUGCGGGGCCGCCUCUUGAGAUCAGCCCGCCUGAAAUUGGGUUGGAGGGGCGAGAAAGGUCGGAUUCGAAUCCGGGGGUUCAUAUUCUUAGAAGAAAAAGAACAGCAAGAAGCAAUUGAACAUAUUGAUGAAGUACAAAAUGAAAUAGACAGACUUAACGAACAAGCCAGUGAGGAGAUUUUGAAAGUAGAACAGAAAUAUAACAAACUCCGCCAACCGUUUUUUCAGAAGAGGUCGGAAUUGAUCGCCAAAAUCCCAAAUUUUUGGGUAACAACAUUUGUUAACCAUCCACAAGUGUCUGCACUGCUUGGGGAGGAGGAUGAAGAGGCGCUGCAUUAUUUGACAAGAGUUGAAGUGACAGAAUUUGAAGAUAUUAAGUCAGGUUACAGAAUAGAUUUUUAUUUUGAUGAAAACCCUUACUUUGAAAAUAAAGUUCUCUCCAAAGAAUUUCAUCUGAAUGAGAGUGGUGAUCCAUCUUCAAAGUCCACUGAAAUCAAAUGGAAAUCCGGAAAGGAUUUGACAAAACGUUCAAGUCAAACUCAGAAUAAAGCCAGCAGGAAGAGACAGCAUGAGGAACCAGAAAGCUUCUUCACCUGGUUUACUGAUCAUUCUGAUGCAGGUGCAGAUGAGUUAGGAGAGGUCAUCAAAGAUGAUAUUUGGCCAAAUCCAUUACAGUACUACUUGGUUCCAGACAUGGAUGAUGAGGAAGGGGAAGGAGAAGAAGAUGAUGAUGAUGAUGAAGAGGAAGAAGGAUUGGAAGAUAUUGAUGAAGAAGGGGAUGAGGAUGAAGGUGAAGAAGAUGAAGAUGAUGAUGAGGGGGAGGAAGGAGAGGAAGAUGAAGGAGAAGAUGACUAAUGGAACACUGAUGGAUUCCAACCUUCCUUUUUUAAUUUUCUCCAGUCCCUGGGAGCAAGUUGCAGUCUUUUUUUUUUUUUUUU